GCGCCCUGACGCACGGCGACGCAGCUGAGGGCCCUGAGGGGAACGGCUGAGGCGUUUGUGUCCCUUGCUCGCUUCCUUCGUGGCGGGGGCGCGCAAAGGCGGGUGUGCGUGCGAGCGAGCCUGAGGGAAGGGAGAACCCGGGGCUCCGUCGGUGGAGCCCGAGGAGGCAGAAGGGAGCAGAGCGCGAGGGGUCGCCCCUCACCCCGAAGCCAAUAUUCCCGAAAUCAAGCGCUACGCGGCGGGGGCGGCGGGGCCCGGGGCGGCGGCGGCGGCGGGGGCCGGAGGAGGGCCCGGCGGAGACCGCAGCGAGGCCUCCAACGCCGCCAACGCCUCCGCCAACGCCGCCUCCGCCGCCAUGGAGGCCCUGGGACCAGGUGAGCGCCAGGAGGGGCCUGCAGGGCCGCCCACCAGCCUCUUCCAACCACCCCGCCGUCCUGGACUGGGAACAGUGGGGAAACCGAUCCGUCUCUUAGCCAAUCAUUUCCAAGUCCAGAUCCCUAAAAUUGAUGUUUAUCAUUAUGAUGUGGAUAUCAAACCAGAAAAGCGUCCCCGGAGGGUGAACAGGGAGGUAGUGGAUACAAUGGUGAGACAUUUCAAGAUGCAGAUAUUUGGGGAUCGGCAGCCUGGCUAUGAUGGCAAAAGGAACAUGUACACUGCACAUCCUCUGCCAAUUGGCAGGGACAGGGUGGAUAUGGAGGUCACGCUCCCAGGUGAAGGGAAGGACCAGACCUUUAAGGUGUCAGUUCAGUGGGUGUCUGUGGUCAGUCUCCAACUGCUCUUGGAAGCUCUGGCUGGGCAUCUGAAUGAGGUCCCAGAAGACUCUGUACAGGCUCUAGAUGUCAUUACACGGCACCUUCCCUCUAUGAGGUACACCCCAGUGGGCCGUUCCUUCUUCUCUCCCCCUGAAGGAUAUUAUCAUCCACUGGGAGGAGGUCGGGAGGUCUGGUUUGGAUUCCAUCAGUCAGUCAGACCUGCUAUGUGGAACAUGAUGCUCAACAUCGAUGUAUCGGCGACUGCGUUUUACCGAGCCCAGCCGAUUAUUGAGUUCAUGUGCGAAGUCUUGGACAUUCAGAACAUCAAUGAACAAACAAAGCCCCUUACGGAUUCCCAGCGUGUUAAGUUUACCAAAGAAAUUAGAGGUUUAAAAGUAGAGGUUACUCACUGUGGGCAGAUGAAGAGAAAAUACAGAGUUUGCAAUGUCACGAGGCGACCAGCCAGCCAUCAGACGUUCCCUCUGCAGCUAGAAAAUGGUCAGGCCAUGGAGUGCACCGUUGCGCAAUAUUUUAAGCAGAAGUACAGCCUGCAGUUGAAAUACCCUCACCUUCCAUGCCUCCAAGUGGGACAGGAGCAGAAACAUACAUAUUUGCCUCUAGAGGUGUGUAAUAUCGUAGCUGGACAGCGCUGUAUCAAGAAGCUGACAGACAAUCAGACAUCCACGAUGAUCAAGGCCACAGCACGCUCUGCACCUGACAGGCAGGAAGAGAUUAGUAGACUGGUCAAGAGUAACAGCAUGGUCGGUGGGCCUGAUCCAUAUCUGAAGGAGUUUGGGAUCGUUGUCCAUAAUGAGAUGACGGAGCUGACAGGCAGGGUGUUGCCUGCACCAAUGUUGCAAUAUGGGGGCCGGAACAAGACUGUGGCUACACCAAAUCAGGGUGUCUGGGAUAUGAGAGGAAAGCAGUUCUAUGCUGGCAUUGAAAUUAAAGUUUGGGCCGUGGCCUGCUUUGCGCCUCAGAAACAAUGCCGGGAAGACCUCUUGAAAAGCUUCACCGACCAGCUGCGCAAGAUCUCCAAGGAUGCAGGGAUGCCCAUCCAGGGCCAGCCGUGCUUCUGCAAAUACGCCCAGGGGGCUGACAGUGUGGAGCCCAUGUUCAAACACUUGAAAUUGACUUAUGUUGGGCUGCAGCUCAUCGUAGUGAUUCUCCCUGGAAAGACGCCUGUCUAUGCCGAAGUCAAGCGUGUUGGGGACACCCUUCUCGGCAUGGCCACCCAAUGCGUCCAGGUGAAAAACGUCGUGAAAACCUCACCGCAGACUCUGUCCAACCUCUGCCUGAAGAUCAACGCGAAGCUCGGCGGGAUAAACAAUGUGCUGGUACCACAUCAAAGACCCUCCGUCUUCCAGCAGCCGGUGAUCUUCCUAGGGGCAGACGUCACUCACCCGCCAGCCGGGGACGGGAAGAAGCCCUCCAUCGCUGCUGUUGUGGGCAGCAUGGAUGGCCACCCCAGCCGCUACUGCGCCACGGUGCGGGUGCAAACGUCCCGCCAGGAGACCUCCCAGGAGCUGCUCUACAGCCAGGAAGUGAUCCAGGACCUGACCAACAUGGUGCGCGAGCUGCUGAUCCAGUUCUAUAAGUCCACGCGCUUCAAGCCCACGCGCAUCAUCUAUUACAGGGGAGGGGUCUCCGAAGGCCAAAUGAAACAGGUCGCCUGGCCAGAGCUCAUUGCCAUCCGAAAGGCCUGCAUCAGUUUAGAAGAAGACUAUCGGCCUGGGAUCACCUACAUUGUUGUGCAGAAAAGGCACCACACACGGCUCUUCUGCGCUGACAAAACAGAAAGGGUGGGGAAGAGUGGCAAUGUCCCAGCAGGCACCACUGUGGACAGCACCAUCACGCAUCCCUCUGAAUUCGACUUUUACCUCUGUAGCCAUGCAGGAAUUCAGGGAACCAGCCGCCCUUCCCACUAUCAAGUCCUGUGGGAUGACAACUGUUUCACUGCAGAUGAAUUGCAGCUGCUGACCUACCAGCUCUGCCACACGUACGUCCGUUGCACACGCUCCGUCUCCAUCCCAGCUCCCGCGUACUAUGCCCGACUGGUAGCAUUUCGGGCCCGGUACCAUCUUGUGGACAAAGACCACGACAGUGCCGAAGGGAGCCAUGUCUCGGGGCAGAGCAAUGGCCGCGACCCACAGGCGCUGGCCAAGGCAGUGCAGAUUCACCACGACACCCAGCACACCAUGUAUUUCGCCUGAUGGGGACCCUGUGGAGGCAAGGUAACUGGGAUGCGGCCUCCGCCAACUGACUGACCGACUGACCGGCCGGCCGGCUCUUGGGGCCCGGUUGGAUCCCCGGUGGCCCAGCAGCAGCAGCAGCAGCUUGGACAAUUGCACUGAACCGACGGCGCUGGCGGCCCCUUGGGAAGCAGAUGCAAUUGAGCCAUUUUUAUUUUGUGAUUUUCAGCAAACGGAAAUUUCAUAGACAGUCUUUGCAUCGGACUGAAUUUUUACCUCAAAAGCGCAAGAGGCUGAUUCUUCUGGAAAGGAGAAUUUUUAAAGGACCGGGCACGUUGUUUUAAAAAAAAGUUUUUAUUGGAAUAUUUUGCUAAUCUGUUUUAAGUUACCUCUUUGUUCCUCUUAAGCUCAUCGAGACGCCAGAUUCUUCCUCAUCCCUGCUUCGUGAAGCCUCUGGAUGCGGCAAAACAUCGUGUUCCCCUCUUCUUCUUUUGCGGGGGCCAUACAUAUAUAUAUAUAUAUAUAUAUAUAUAUAUAUAUAUAUAUAUAUACACAUAGACUUUAACCACACAGAACUUUUACUGUAAAUGCCUUUUAAGAAAGCAUUAACUUUCAGAGGUAUCGCUUGGGGAGGGGGGGGGGGGUGUUCUGUUUUGUUUCCGCUUGGUCCAGUUUUACUAUCUCUUUUUGUAAAUCUCUCUGCAGUCAGUCAGUCACGGGCUGCAAAGCAAUUGCACUAUAACGGCGCAUUCAACUCGGUGGUUCUAGUUCUGUGAAUGUGUGACGUAAGCGGUCAGCGAGGGCCUUUGGCAGAUCUAACACAAAAAUCCAUAUAUAUAUAUGAGUUACAACUGCCACUGGAUGGCUCUGAAUGCCGAGCCUCUUUUCCCUCUUUUAAAACAUGUGACAGAGUCCUAAACUAUUAGUUCUAGGUAUUUUUCAGACAUGACAAAAGUGCCCAUUUUAUGCUGCUGUGUUUGAUGACGUCAUUUUUAAUACUCUUUUUCAUAGAAGGUUUUAACUUUGGCAAUAACUUCUUUUUUUUUAAAAUAUAUACCCUGGCUGUAACUUUUCUAGUCAAAUAUCCUUUACGCGAGUUACAGCCGGCCUUCUUGUGUAGAUUGACUCAAAGGAAAAGAAACUGGUUCUAAACGAGAAAAGAAGAUCGGCCGAGGCUCCCUUCAUGCUUUUUACGGAUGAUUAUUUUUAACCGUUUUGUAUCCGCUAUUGGUCUGUCCAGCCCCCUUUUUUUAUAAAGCUUGCGUUCCGAAUAGGAGAAAGGCUCGGUUGCCAAUAUGUACAGCUGUGUAUAGUGUUGACGGUAGCAAUCAAAAAGACUUUUGAACCAGCAUUUUGAAAAAACUGUUUGUUUCUCUGAGAAAUUUAGGUCGCCCGCAUGUACCGACAGCACUCAGUAGCAUGUGUGAAGUGUACAAAAAUGUAAUGUCUCCUUUCUGCUUCUAUAAAUUGGGGGCUCUUUCCUUUCCACUGAGGUGUGCAAUGCAAAAGAAAGGCUGAGUCCGGAGGGAAGACGAGGGCCGUGUUGUGCAAAUGAAUGUUGGCACAUGAUGCAUGGAAACGGGAUACCACGGCACCACUGAGAGAGAAAGACGUGGGCUUUUGCCAACGCUUGACUCUCAACUUGUGCACCUUCCGACUGGAGACCUCAAGGCCAGCAAUAGGUUCUGCUUCAUUAGUAUUUAGUUCUAACUGUUUCUCCCUCAGGCUUUUGAGGCAAAGCUUGGAGGCAACUAUUGUUAUUAUUACUACUACUUGGGACGUUUCAGCUUCCAAACACUGUUGUUUUGGCUGCACCAGGGUGCACUGGUGUAAGCUGCUUCUUCCAAAUUUCAUUGGAGAUAGGCAAACUGAUUCUUCUUUCUUUAUAAAACAGGAGGGAAGCAGUAUAGCCAGGCUUAGAGACUAAGUGUAUUUAACUCUUAUCUUCCCCUCCCCCUUAAGAUACCUCACCUGGGUAACAAAUAUCAAGAGAAAGAGAGAAUGACCGCUGCUUUUGUUCGUCUGUUGCUUUCCUUUAUUUCAGAUUUCCUCAUCCUUUUAAAAUAAUACUUGUUCAGGGAGAAAACAACGGCAAGACUUCACGAAACUCCUGCUGCCCCAAACCCAAGGAGACCUGAGGCACCUUGAAGAGGGUUGAAAGCCCCUGUUUUAGUAUGUAGCGGUUUUAAUUUUUUUUUUUUUUUACUUUAUUGCACUAGGAAAGGAGAUGGCUUGAGAGACGCGGGGUGGGAUGUGCAGAGAAUGGGAGUCAAUGCAUAUUGCUCUGUCCAUCAGUAGAUGAUGGCAUCCAAGUAGCAUCGAUAGCGGAGAAACGUGCCCCCGUUUCCUAAUUUAGACUUGAUUCUUCCAAAUAUCAGUGGAACAAUAUGACAAAGCAUAAUAUAUAUGAAUUACAUGCUUUUACUUGGCUACUUUUGUUGAAGAAAAGCAGAAGUUGCUCCCAGAUUUGAAUCUUGGUCCAGGAAAAAGAGAGCUUUGGCCUCUUCCCAUUUUGCCCCUUUCCUCAAAACGCCACUGAAAUUUGCCACUGAAGGUGGUAUUUGCAGCAAACCUAUAUUCACCCCCUUCCUUCCCAGUUUGGCUGCAUUUGCAAUAAUGAUGAUGAUUAUGAUUAUGAUGAUAACUGGCUUUGGCCCCACACUCUGCAGAUAGGAACCUUAACAAAGCCCUGAAAUGGCUUUUCUGACCUAUUUGGUAAAACAAAGCCAAGGAGAAAUGACACGGAUCAACUUUUGCCUUUUUUAUCAGAGGAAAACAUAAUCCUUACAUGUAUGUAUAUAUAUUUUUCCCCUUCUGUCUCAUGAGCCACAGCUAACUUUCAAAGUCUUCUUUAUUUGUGAUGAAAAAAGAAAAUAUGGCUGCAGUAUAUUCUUUUCGAUGCAGUUUAUGGUUUUCCUCCCCACUUCUAACCCCUCAAAAUAUGUUUAUGGAAAGAAACUUCUUUGCCAACUUUUUGCACUUUCUUGGGAUUUCUUUCAUGGCUUCCCCCCCCCCCCCUUUAUUUGCCCUUGUCGGACAUUGUCUGCUGUGCAAAAAUCAGAAUAAUAAUAAUGUUUGGUCGCUGGAGAGCGAUGAUGAUGUCUUUGGGGCAACCUUUCCAAAGCCGAGGGUCGAUGGUAGGAGAGGGCAGCUUUUUGGUGACCGGAGCAGCAGAGGAAAUGGCCUCCGGAACCCAUAUUGAUAGGAUCCGGCCCUAGCUGUCAUGUAUCGGAGGUUUGGCCCCAGAGAUCAACUGGCGCAUGUGUCAAUCAAUGGGAAGAUGUGCAUUCGGUAGCUGUAGGUUUAAGAGUGUGUUUGGGUUUUUUUCUUUGGAUGCUUUCCCCUCCCCUUUCAUUAGCUGCAUGUUGUGGAAGGUUUUAGAAAGUAGCCACUGUGGGUCCUUGAGAUACCGGGCAAGUGGGAGCAAUGGGCGGCUCUCCAUCAGCCAAGGCUUUGCCAACCAUUAAAUCCCCCCAAAGAGAAGGCCUUUUAAGCCUGGCUCCCAAAGAGGGAUCCAAGGGAGGUGAAAGUCAGCCUUCCUGGGCCUCUCCUCCGAUCGACAUCACAAGCCUCCCUCCGACAGACGGAUGGAGACCUGGCCCAAGUCCCAGUGAGAGGCGAAGGACCCCCAAAGUCCCCCCAAAAGAGAGACCCCCUUCCCCUUUUGCUCCAUUGCCGCCCGGCUUUCAUUUUCGGAAAGCGGGGCUCAGAGGGCAUUUGUAUCAAGACUUAAUUCCAACUGCGAGGGUUUCCCCCCUUAAAGCAGUCUGAGCAAGAAGAAGAAGAAAAAGGAUCAUCUGUGAAUAUCACUCCAGAAUUUUCUUUCUACCUUGCUAUAUGGACACUUUUUUGGUGAUAUUUCUAUGUCUAGAGCCGGAAAACUUGUAUGUAAAACUUGUUUGCGUUUGUUCAUUUUUUGACUUCGGAUGUACUAUUUUAUUAUUAUUAUUUUUGCUCUCUAUAUUGUUAGACUUGUAAUGUUUUAAAAACUGUAUUUUAUGAAAAUGGGACUUGGAUGUAUGUCUAUAGCAAUACGAGGUACUUUUUCUGUUAAGGAAAUGAAACCCCUUUUUUGGGGAAAGGGGUCUAGCAGCCCCUCCGACAUGAAAUGCUGGCUGUGUAUUAACUGCAGUGUAUUUUGAUUUCUUGUUUUCUUUUUUUUUUUUAGCCUGCAGGGAUUUUGUGUUUAUGUGUCCAAAAAAUAAAGGCCUUUCUGUGCCAAAUGUUCUUUUCUUUCUUGGUGUAUAAUAAUAAAAAGCAACCUAGCCUGCCA